AUGAUUGUGCGGUAUGCCGCCGUUUUCUUUCUCUCUCUCUUCCUCCUUUCAGGGACCUACGCCGCAGUACCCGAGUACCGGAUCUCCCCAUCUAACUCGUCAUACCAGAUUUCGCCCAAGGCCAUUGUGUCCGACGCAUGCGCCUCCUACUCGACACUCGACAAACUGAACAUAAAGGUCAAACCUCUUAUCGACGACCUCACGAGAUCGACCGACUUCUUCUCGCACUACCGACUGAACCUCUUCCACAAGAAGUGCCCCUUCUGGGACGACGAAAAUGGCAUGUGCGGUAACAUCGCUUGCGCCGUCGAGACGCUCGACAACGAGGAGGACAUCCCCGAGGUCUGGAGGGCGAGCGAGCUGGGGAAACUUGAGGGCCCGCUGGCGAAACACCCCCCCAAGAGGGUACAGCACGAGCGUCCCGAGCGGCCCCUGCAGGGAAAGCUGGGCGAGGAGGUCGGCGAGAGCUGCGUGGUGGAAUACGACGACGAAUGCGACGAGCGAGAUUAUUGCGUACCCGAGGAUGAAAGCGCGAGCUCCAAGGGCGACUACGUGAGCCUCCUUCGCAACCCCGAGCGUUUCACCGGAUAUGCUGGCUUCGGCGCCGCCCAGGUCUGGGACGCCAUCUACCGGGAGAACUGCUUCCAGAAGAGCUCCUUCCCGCACUCGGCGUCCCUGGGACAGUCGCAGGCCACGCACAAGGGUCCCGCAGCGCAGGAUUUCAGGCAGGUUCUCGAAGCAGUCGGGCGACAGCAGGCACUCGAGCAGAUGCGCGAGACGCAGCCCAACGCCCCGUUCGUGGCCCAGUCCGGUCUCGAGGUCGAGGACGAGUGCCUCGAGAAGCGCGUCUUCUACCGCGUCAUCUCGGGCAUGCACGCGAGCAUCAGCACACAUCUCUGCUGGGACUUCCUCAACCAGACCACCGGUCAGUGGCAGCCCAACGUGGCCUGUUACCGGAGCCGUCUGCACACCCACCCGGAGCGCAUCAGCAACCUGUACUUCAACUACGCCCUCGUCACCCGCGCCGUCGCCAAGCUGGGCCCCUACCUCCAGGGCCGCGAUUACACCUUCUGUUCGGGUGAUAUCGACCAGGACGCCGCAACGCGGGCCAAGGUCCUCGAGGUGACGGAGUCUGCGGCCAGCGUGCCCCAGAUCUUCGACGAGAGCCUUAUGUUCAAGAACGGUGAGGGCCCGUCGCUCAAGGAGGACUUCCGCAACCGCUUCCGCAAUGUCAGCCGCGUCAUGGACUGCGUUGGCUGCGACAAGUGCCGCCUCUGGGGCAAGCUGCAGACCGCCGGCUACGGCACUGCGCUCAAGGUCCUCUUCGAGUUCGACAACGCUAGCGAGGACAUUCCCUUGCUGAAGCGCACCGAGCUUGUCGCUCUCUUCAACACGUACGCCCGGAUCAGCAGCUCCAUCGAUUCCAUCAACAAGUUCCGCGCCAUGGUCGACUCGGAGGACGCCCUCGCCGCUGCGUCUGCCGCUGCCCCUGAAUUUCCCCAGUUCACCCCCGAAGGCAUCCCCGACCGGGCGAAGAAGCCGCACCACGUGGUGACGCCGCCCGUGGCGGAGACCAAGAAGCAAGAGGAGCCAGAAGACGAGUACGACGAGGAGAAGCCGCGACGUGAGGAAACGGUCAUGGAUGAGCUUGAGGUAGAGGUCAGGCGCGUCGUCAAGGCGUUCAAGUUCGUCAUGGGCCGUUGGCUUGCAUUCCCCAAGACUUUUGUCAACGUGAUCGUCAUUGAGCUGGUCCGGUUCUACCAGUUCUUCGUCGGUCUGCCCGUUAAUGAAAGGAACUGGAGCUUCGAGCGACCUGACUUGGACGAGUUGUAA